AUGACAGAACAAGAGGAUAAGAAGGGCCGAAAAAUUCCGCCAAAUUAUUUUGUUUUUGGUGCGUUUAUAGGUAUAUCAGGUCUGUCUUUAAUGGCAGGAUUCACAUAUAGAAUAUCAUCUUUCAAGAAGAUCAAUCCAUUACCAUCCAUGAAGGCAAUUAAUCAGGACAAAAAUAUGCCCGAAUCUGGUAUACAUUUUGCUGCUCGUGCUCUUGGAGUAGCAACAAUCAUAACUACCUCAUCACUGGGAGCACUGUCUUUAUUUAUGUGGUACAUUAUAAACCCAGUGGACGGAAACGACUUUAAUGAACGUAUGCGAAAUAUAUUCCCUUCUAGACGGAAGAUAAAACCAUCAGAUUCUCGUUCUGAAAUUAGAACUUUCGAAGAGCUUUCAUCCUUAAUAAAUGAUUCUGUAAAAAACAAAUGA